AUGGCUCCUCAGAAAGCGGACCCCGAAGAAUACGAGUGGAACCAACCCUACUCAGUCCACAAGCGUAUUUAUUAUCAAUUAGAUCACUUCUCAAGAGUUAUGGCGUCCAGGGGAAUACACCCUAGGCAAUUUCUUCCGAACAUUCCCGAACGCCUCACCGCGCUGGUCUACUGCGGCACUGCGCACCUGCGACACAAGCUAGGCUCCCUAACAUGGGGUCCGGCCGUCCAGUUUGCCAAGGCCAUGGCCCAAACCACGUUCGCUUCCCUCGAAGUCGGCACAUUCCUUCUCGUCGACCAAGUGUCAGCGGAGAUUCAUGUGUACGGCGACACACUCGGCGCUGGGCCUGGCGAGCUUGGCAACUUUGUCCUCUGUCGCCGCUAUUCUGCCCAACCCAUUCACGAGCGCAAGGCUACCGAUCUUCCUGGUGUGGAGUUGGUUGUGCUGGACGAUGCGUUCUGGGUGCGACUGCUUCUGUUCACAGACAUGGGCUUCGCAGAGUCGUACAUGUUAGGCGAGUUCGAGUGUGAUGACCUGACGUGCUUCUUCCAGAUGUUCAUCUUGAACCGUGAACAGCUGAACAACGGCACGACUUGGUUCUCGGGAUUAUUCUCGCACCUCACUGGUCUAGCUCGCGUGGCAAACACCAUGGAUAACGCUCGCCUGAACAUCGUUCGGCAUUACGACAUCAGCAACGAUAUGUUUGCUGCUUUUCUGUCGCCAGAUAUGAUGUACUCGUGUCCGAUUUGGAAGCACUUGACCGACAGUGACCCCCAACAGGAGGAGAGCCUGGAGGAUGCUCAGAUGAACAAGAUCAACUAUUUCAUCGAAGCAGCCAAGAUCAAGCCAACCGACCAUGUCCUGGAAAUUGGAACCGGCUGGGGCACCAUGGCCAUUGAAGCCGUGCGCAAGACAGGCUGCCGCGUCACGACUAUAACGUUGUCACAGGAGCAGAAGAUCUAUGCCGAGAAGAGGAUUCGGGAAGCCGGCUUCUCGGACAAUAUUGAAGUGCAUCUGUUGGACUACCGACUUCUGCCUGAUCGGAAGGUUCCCUACGACAAGAUCAUCUCUUGCGAAAUGAUCGAAGCCGUCGGCGAGAAGUUUUUGCCCACGUAUUUCUCGCGCAUUGACAAGCUGCUGAAGAAAGACGGAGGGAUUGCCGUGUUCCAGAGCAUCACGAUGCCAGAGGGACGACACAAAGGCUAUUCGAAGCGUGAAGACUUCAUUAACCACUACAUCUUCCCUGGAGGAUACCUCCCAUCCGUCACGCAGUUGAUCAACCACAUCACGAACGAGUCUAACGGCACGCUCAUUGUCGAGAAGCUUGAGAACAUCGGCUCACAUUACGUCAAGACGUUGAGAUUGUGGAGAGAGGCCUUUAUGGACAAGUUUGACAGCGUCAUCGCGCCGGCCUUGAAGCAGAAGCGUCCGCAUAUGACGGAGGAGGAUGUUGAAGUGUUUCGGAGGAUGUGGGAGUACUACUUUGCGUAUAGUGAGGCCGGUUUCCUGACCAAGACUUUGGGAGAUGUGAUUAUCACGGUUGGAAGGGAGGGCGCGCUUGAGAUGAUGGAGGGUAUUCCGUUGUGA